AUGCGAGGAGCCAACGGCGAUGGCAUUUGGGAAGGCUUACGAGUAUACAACGGUCGUGUGCAAUUCUGUCGUGAACACAUCGAUCGACUGUUCCAAUCCGCGAAAGCAAUGGCAAUGAAUCUCGGCUUACCCAAGCGCGAACUAGUUGGUCUCAUUCACAAGACGAUUGAUGGAAACAGCAUGCAGAACGACAACGACGUUCACGUUCGACUGGUGGUUAGUCGAGGCUUGAAAUCCACUCCAUAUCAAAAUCCGAGCGUCAACAUUGGCCUUCCCCUAAUAGUCAUCAUCCCGGAACACAAAGCCGCCGAACCAAACGCAAAAGCCAAGGGAUUACGUCUGGUUACCUCCCAUAUACGGCGUGGAUAUCCAGACACCAAAGACGAGAUGUGGAAUCAUAUCUCCAAAGCAACCGAUCUCCAAGCAUGUAUUGGCGCUAAUGUAGUUGGAGCUGAUGAAGCGCUCGUGCUUGACCCUCAUGGGUUUGUGAAGACUUGUAACUCGACCAAUUUCUUUAUAGUUCGGCAAGGUGAAGUAUGGGCGCCGACUCGUGCGUAUCAAAUGCAAGGAAUUACUCGCCAAAAGACUAUCGACCUUUGUCAGUCUAAUGGUAUUCCCGUGAAAGAGGUCGACUUCACCGUGACCGAGGCUUAUGGAGCUGACGAGGCUUUUGUUACCGGAACUUUUCCGAGCUAUAUUUACGUAUUUGAGAUUGACGGCCGGGUGAUUGGAGAGGGGAAGAGAGGGCCUGUAACAGAGAGAGUAUCUAAUUGGUAUCAAAAGAUGGUGCAAGAGGAUAUUCAAAGGUCGAGGGAAACAAUCAUGUCGAAGCUCUAA